AUGGACCCUGCAAAGGACAUGACGUCUUUCGAAGCCGCUGUCACUUUGAGACAACUCUAUGUGCAAGAUUACGAUCAACCUGUCAGCGACAUAGUGAAGAAAAUUUGCAAGCCCUACCUUAAUACCGCGAGGGAGGUGAUGACCAUACAUGUGGGGGAACAAGAUGAUGCAAAGGUGUUGCAAAUCAUCGAAGACGUUCGCUCAGCAUGUGGUAUGCCCGAAAGUGUAGCGACGUUAAUCAAGAAGGCAACAGCAGCCAGAGACCUCAUGAAGCUCUGGAUCAACACCACGACGGCCUGCUCGCCCACACACUUUCAAGCUCUGAUGCCUGCCACCACGAUCUACCAAAAAGCUGUCUCGCUUGUAGGAGAUGGCUCUGAGACGACUGACAGCGCUCUCGGGCACGUACUAUUCCAGGUUCUGGCCGAUCCAGCGGUUUACACGCGCCUUCGUCACGAGAUCGCCUCGGCGGCCUCUCAACAGCCACAUCAGACGACGGACCCGAAUGCAGAAAGUGCUGCCCAUUAUCCAGACUUGAAAGGUCUUAACCACUACGAUAGCGUCGUCCGCCGUCAAAGCCGAAGCUCUGGAUAUGUGUACGUAAAUAAAUUGCUACAGCUUCAUGUUGACUAA